CCCCGUUCCCGUGAAGAGUUGGACUCUGCCGCAGAGCGCCAUCGCUACGCAUAGAACGAACGCGCGGGUGCUCCACUUUCUCUUUGCCUCUCCGCACUCUGGCGAGUUUUGAUCGAAGGGGCCGGGCGAAGGCAACAGUGCGCCUGCCGUCCCAGUAGGCACUUUCUCCGCGAAGGCUUCAGUGCUCCAGCCAGUGUCUCUCAUCAGAGGGUUUCAUUUGCAAGCGGGCGCUAAUAAGGCACCGAAAAAAAAAGCAAUCAUUCAAGAAACAAGAAGAACGGCAAAGAAGUCGUGCUGUUGAGGGAGAGAAAAACCCAGUGACUAAGCGAAUUAAACAGAAAAGGACCGGCACAUCGCCUCCUCUGGCAUCAUUCGGAAACUGAACGCCCGCUGCCACAGCUCCUCGUCCUUGUAGCGGUCUCCUAGGACUCGACGGCCUCUGAGAUCUUCCUAGGAACGUCGCGUGAACGUUCUGAACACCCUGAGAACAUUUUCAAAUGUUCGGAAGAAGGGACUCACUUCUGAAUUUUCGGCAUUGGUUGAGUGCAAGCUUUUAAGGAGGUAGAGCGACGACUCUGCUCAGAGCUUUCUGACAGAUAUCGGAACAGUGAGGAGAGGAACGAACUUUUGUUGAGACAGGGAAACAAGCUUAGCCGAAUUCUUGGUCCGGUGUUUGUUGGUCGUCGUCGUCAGCGACGUCAUUGUAAGAGGUUUCGUGGUCUACUUCCCGAGUGAGACGAUGCUUAUGAGGGCAGCGCAGCACUUCAUCUUGUGGGGGGUCGUUCUGGUCGGACUGGCACAGGGAGCCUACUUGAUCAACUUUUCUCACGUGCUCAACAGGAACCUGGGAAACGUGAAGCGCGAAGUGGAUACCGACAGGUGCCAUCCGACGCAGCCGUUCCGGUGUCCAGCAUCGACGACCGUCUGCAUCUCCAUCCAAUACCUGUGCGACGGGGCACCCGACUGUCCUGACGGUUACGACGAAGACCCCAGGCUCUGCACUGCAGCGAAGCGGCCCCCAGUGGAAGAGACUGCGAACUUCUUGCACACAUUGCUGAGCAACCACGGGCCCAACUACCUGGAAAAACUGUUCGGACCCAAGGCACGAGACGCGCUGGCACCACUAGGAGGCGUGCAAAAAGUAGCCGUUGCCCUGUCCGAGGGUGAGACGCUUGAAGACUUCGGCAAAGCUUUACACCUGAUGCGUUCCGACCUGGAGCACCUUCGCAGCGUCUUCAUGGCCGUCGAGAGUGGGGACAUCAGCCUGCUGCGUUCUCUCGGCAUCCGGGACUCCGAGCUGGCGGACGUCAAGUUUUUCCUCGACAAACUCGUUGCCACGGGAUUCAUGGAUUAAAGAACACCGCUCGACUGAACACAGAAUUCCAACCUCCCAAGAUCCCUCGUCCAUAUUGCCUCACCCGUUCGUUACCAAGUGCGGCAAAUUUUGAGGCCUUCCCCUUCUUCAUUCUCCUCUACCCUUCGCCAUUACGCCAACCUUUCAUAAGAUUUGAGUUUCGUUUGCUCGUAAGUCUAUUACGUUAACGUCUCCGCAAUGCCACGACAGUACCAUCAACAGGGAUAUCUGCACAGCAGGCAGUUUUUCU